AUGGAGGAGAUGCACAGAGCCAUGGAGCAGUUAAGCCUGAGGCUCCAGAAGCAGGAGACGGAGAUGAAGCAGCUGCAGGAGGACAGGCAGAGGAUGCAAGCGGAGCUGGACCGCUCGCGGGAGGCACCGCCGCGCCAGGGAGGACAGCAGACGCACUCCGUGGUCGACGCGCGCGUGCCCAGCAAGCCCGAGAGCUACGCUGGCGAUCCGUCGAGGUUCGCGGAUUGGAGCUUCAAGAUGCGCGCGUGCCUCGGGGCGGUGGACGAGCGCUACCAGCAGCUCAUCGAGAAGACGGAGAUGGCGACAGAGCCGCUGAGGAACGCGACUAUGGAGCCGGAUCAGUGCCACAACGCUGGAGUCAACGAGGGCUUCGAAGCGUGGCGGCAGUUCGUGCUCGAGUGGGAGCCGGGGCUUCGGACGAGGUUCGUUGGGCUGCUGAUGCAGCUGAUGUCGUACCGGUUCCGGGGCGACAUUCCGAGCGCGCUGGCGGCGUUCGAACGACUCGUGCACGACUACGAGUCCCAGAGCCAGAAGAAGGUGGACGACGACACCAAGAUCGGCGUGGCGCUGCUGGGAAUGGGAAACGAGCGGGUGAAGGAGCACCUCAUUCGCAACAGCAGCAGGAUCACGACGCGGCAGCUCAUGAGGGACGAGAUCUUGGAGAUCACGAGGACACAGCAGUACAUCGACUCCCAACCCGUGCCGAUGCAGCUCGGGGCGACGCCCUGGAAUACCGGAAGGCCCAAGGGCGGCAAGAGCAAGGAAGGCAAAGGCAAGGACGGCAAGGGCAAGGACUCAAAAGGAAAAGGCACCAAGUUGAAGAAGGGCGCCGAGGAGACGGCGAACGCGAACAAGGACAAGGUGUGCUUCUACUGCAAGAAGAGGGGGCACAUCAAGGCGGAGUGCCGGAAGAGGCAGAGGGACCUCGCGGCAGCAGAAGGCGCAAGGAGGCCACUGCACGCGACGCCAGGCGCGGAUGGUCAUCCGGCGGUCCCGCCGCAGCCUCCGCCUCAUCUGGCAGCUCUGGUGAGGGACGGCCACACGGACACGUUCAUUUUGGCAUUGCCCGAAGCGGAGAAGCGCGGAUCCGUGUGGCGCCCUGCCAGCAGCGUCGAGGAGCGCACGAGGACGAGCGAGGUCAGCCAGCGCGAGGCUGAGGGGUUCGACCCGAACGCCGAGUCCGACGCGAGCGUGCGACCAGUCAAGCUUGCGACGGCUACGAACGACCCCGUGCACGGGGCGAGCGGGAAGCGAUCGAGGUUCGAGCUGGAAGGCGGGCGACAGGUGAGCGUGAGGUACAACGAGGCCGACGUGAAGUUCCCGAUCGUGAGCGUCGGCGAGGCGGCAUCGCAGGGGAAGUGGUUCCUGUUCGGGCCAGGCUGCCAAGCGAUGCUCCCAGGGGCGAUGGCGAGCGAGCUGCGGCAGGCGGCACGGCAAUCAGAGGCUGUUCAGCUGGAGAUGCAUCGGGGGGUGUACUGGCUCCCGUGCGCGGCACCGGGAGCAGACAAGCACGAGACACCACUCUGCGCGACGCGAGCCGCGGCGGUGGUCGAGACCGCUCCGACGAUGUCUUCCAGUAGCGCGGCUGGCCCCUCGGACGCGGGUGGCCCCGCUCCGAUGGCCGAGGAGCCGGCGGCGACGCCAGCGUUACGACGAAUUCCCGGUUCUUUUCCGGCAGCUGUGAGCUCGGGCGCGGGCAGCCCCGCCCCGGCGCAGCUGGAGGAGAGCGAGGCGUCGCGCGUCGCGAUCAGCAAACGCCUCCUUCCCACGGUGAGCCGCCAGGAGUUCGACGAGCACCAGCUGACGCACUUGCCUUUCCGCUCGGGGUGCGACCGCUGCGUGCGAGGCAAGGCAAGUGACGAUGCCCACCGGGCGAGGAGCGAAGCAGAGAAGGGGGCGCCCAGAUGGUCCAUGGACUAUUUCUUCCUGGCCAGGGCGGACGAUCCCCAGCAGGCGAAGCCGGUGCUCUGCUGCCUUGACUCUCUUAGCGGCGCGGUCUUCGCUGCGAUGGUGCACAAGGGUGGCGACCGCUACGCGCUCGCCGUCAACCAAGAGGCCCUGAGGUUCACGGGCAGGACGAGCAUCAUCAUUUUGAGCGACCAGGAGAAUGCAGUGAAGAAGCUGGUCAACCUUGUGCGCGAGGAGCGUGUCCAUGACACCGUCGUGCUCAACGCGCCGAAGGGGUCGAGUGCCAGCGCGGGCGGCAUCGAGCGUGCCAACUACGAGGUCGAAAAGCAGGUGCGGACGAUGAGGUCCAGGAUCGAACAGGUGUACGGCAUCAAGGUGGACCUCGACCACCAGCUCUUCCCCUUCCUCGUCCGUCAUGCCGCGUGGCUGAUCACGCACUACCAGGUGAAGGUCGACGGCGAGACGCCGUGCGAGCGGCUGCGUGGACGGCCAUAUAAGGGCCAGAUCGCCGAGUUCGGUGAGGUGGUGCAUUGCAGGGACCCCCAGAAGGCCGCCGACAUGCCCAAGCUCGAUGACAGAUGGCGGCUGGGCGUGUGGCUCGGCAAGAGCCUGGCGAGCGACGAGCACUACGUCGGCAGCGCGGCCGGCGUGCAGAGGUGCAGGUCGAUCUGGAGGCGGCCGGAGCCGAGCCGCUGGGACAAGAAGCUGCUGGAGGCCAUGGCUGGAGAGCCAUGGGAUCCGAAGGCGGGGGGGAGUGUACAUUACCUGGACCGCCAGAUUAAGUACGGCGGGACGAAGGGCUGCCCCGCGUGCUUCGGAGACGCCAAGAUCCAUUCAGCAGAGUGCCGUGCCAGGUUCCAGGACCUCGUGGACCGGGACGCGGCGGCGCGUGCUCAGCCAGCGGGAAGCACCGCGGCGGCCGGCACCGCGGCCGGGACGGAGGUCAGCGCAGCAAGGGGUGACGGGCGGCUCGCGCUGGGAGCGGGUAGGCCCGCCGUGGCUGAGCCGCAGGACGAGCCCAUGGGCGAGGUAGCGGAAGAUUUGCCUGGGUCUCGGAAGCGCCAGAAGAUCCUGGCGGGUCUCCCAACGCUGCGCGAGCAGGAGCCGCAAGCAGAGGAGAUGCUUGAGACGGUUCCUCUGCUGGCAGCGCUGCCCGACGACGCAGAGUGGCAGGGGCAGCUCUUGGACUGGGAGCGCGAAUACUAUGGCACUAAGAGCGGGAAGCUGCUGAACAAGCAGAAGGUCUAUGAGGGCAGGCGCCGAGAGCUAGACAACGUGCAGCGCCUGGAGGUCAAGGAGCCCAUCCUGCUGUCGGAGGCGCGUGCUCAAGGCUUGGAGGUCGUCUACUCCAAGUGGCUGGACGACGAGAAGGCCACGCCGGAGGACCCUGACGCAGUCAGAUCACGGCUGGUGGCCACACAGGUCAACACCUACGGCAGGGAGGACGUGGCCCAGGCGACGCCGCCGAUCAUGACCACUAGGCUUUUGGUCAGCAUGGCGGCGACGAAGACGAAUGCGAGAGGAGAGCACGACUGGCUGAUCGGCCGGCAUGACAUCAGGGUGGCGUUCUUCCAUGCAGCUGGCUCGGGGCGAGUGGUCAUCGUACCACCUCGAGGGCUCGCCUUGCCUGGUGUUGCUUGGAGGGCCCUGAAGGCAUGGUACGGCACGCGCGAGGCCAGCAAAUGCUGGGGGAACGAGGUCACGGACACCGUGCAACGCGAGGGGGCCAAGCAGGUAAUGGUGGUCCCAAUGAUGUUCUUCUCAGACUCCUUCGACUACGUGACGAACUGCCAUGGCGACGACUUCCUCUCAGCAGGGACGGCGGAGGCACUGGGCGAGGUGGAUCGGAUCCUGGACGAGCACUUCGACACGAAGAGGCUGCCGCGCAUAGGACCGCCAGCUCACGGCGGCGAAGCAGCCGAGGGGCAGCAUCUUGGACGCAUUAUCCGGUGGACGCCGAGUGGUUUCGAGUAUGAGGCGAGCCCCAAGCACACCGAGGACUUGUGCCGCCUGGCGGGACUGCAACCGGCAUCGAAGGGAGCACCGACGCCAGCGACCAAGAGCACGGCGAAGGGCCGGCGCGACCAGGACGACGAGCUGAGCGACGAGGAGGUUACGACGCGCUUCAGGCAGGGUGCAGGGACCGCACUGUAUAUGUCCAUCGGCCGGCCGACCAUACAGUUUGCCACGUCGCAGGUGAUGGCCGGCAUGAGCAAGCCGAAGGUCGUCAAUCAGCUGCAGUUGCACAGGCUGGCGAGGUACGUCAAGCAGUACCCCAGGGAGGUGUGGCUGUUCGCGUACCAGAGCGUGCCCGAUGGUCUCUAUGUGUACACGGACACCGACUGGGCGGCCGACGAGCUAACGAGGUGUUCCAAGUCGUGCACGGUGGAGCGGUACGGCGACCACAUGCUGGACUGCAGCGUGGCCAAGCAGUCCACGAUAGCGCUCUCUAGCGGCGAGGCGGAGUUCUACGGCAUCGUGCGCGCAGUGGCCAUUGGGAAGAUGACCAGCCAGGUGCUGCAGGUUGGAAUCGCUUGUGAAGCAGAUGCCGCUGCGGAGAGAGGGGCCGGUGGCAGUGGCUUUGCUGGCAACGCGAUCGUGGAGCUGCUCGUCAUGGUGGCCAGGCACCCGGCCACGGAGGGGCAGCCACAGUUCCGGGACACCCUCGCGACGGUUGCGGGUAGCACCGCACGGUGCGGGGAGGUGAAGGUAAAGGGCCUCUCUGGGUGCGGGUGGCACCGCCCCAGUG